AUGGGUAGACUUACUAGCAUCAUUGGUCAAAGCUUAUUGAUCAGUGUAGCAAUUCUACUGGCCAUCUCAACCUUAGUCAAGGCCCACUCUCCUCUUUUGGAUCCUCCUCAUAUUAAUCCACCUGACUGCGCAACCCCGGCUUUCUAUAGUUCUCUUGCUAGACCUCUUGUCUGGUCAUGUCUUGGCCUCACUGUUCUUUUGUGUGGUAGUCGAUGGCUUGUGAAAAUGCGUUCAGCAAUUGAUGGUUCGUACGAAAAGAAUUAUUGGAAUCCUUCUACAGACACCAUGCCCUGUCGGUUUGAAAUGCCUCGAAUCCAACGCAUGUCAACCCGUCUGGAUCCAACUCCACCUAUAACACCAUCAACAUCAACUUCGUCUGCAGUCGAUUCUUUGAUCGAACCAGAGAAGAAAGAGAUAGUCUCAGAAAAGAAGAAGAAGAAGAAGAAGAAACCUACACAUCACAACAACCACCACAAUCAAAACCCAGAUAAACAAAUCGACACUCGAAAUACAUCAUCAUCACUACAAACCAUACAACAACCACAAUCAACAUCUUUAUCAAUAUCAAUAUCAUCAUCAUUAUCAUCAUCAUCAUCAUCACCAUCAUCAAUCUUAUUAUCAUCAACAUUAAAGUCAAAAGAAACAAAGACACCAUUACAAACACCAGAUGCCGUACCACAACCUAUGGCCGCCAUAAACACUACCGUUAUUAAACCCCAACCCGAGCACAAACCACUCAAGGAACCACAAGCCGUGACACAUCAACGCAAGACACCUCGGAACAAGUCAAAAUACUCAAAGCAUACUUUGAACUGCGAACCUUUAAUGCCAUCGAUUCACACCAACCCAUACUCGUCACCCUCAUCACCCUCAUCACCCUCGACCUCGACCUCGACCUUAGACUUGACAGAAACUCUUCCAAUGACAACAUUACCUGAUACUCCUCUUCCUUUACUUAAACCACGACAACUGCAGAAACUGCAACCACGACAACCGCAACCACAACCACCUUUACAACCAGCCAUUAUCCCACCCACCCAUCAACCAAUCCAGCGCCAAAACUGGUACUCUCCCUUUUCCACUGGACUUGAGAUCAAUAUUGCUGCUCGUCCAGGCCCCAGUCGUGACUACAAGCUCUUUGAAGACACCCUUAUAGGUUCUGAUCCGCUCUCAUAUCGAACUACUCCCAUUGGCAGACCACCUCACCUGACCCCAGGAUGGCGACCUUGGUCUAGCAACACUACCAAUCACACAGACCCAUCUCCACCUCAUUUUUCAUUAUUUGACAGAAAAUUGUCUUUUCAUACACAGCAUUAA